CUCUGGAUCGCAGCGCGCAAGCAGAGCCACCAUGGAGCUAGGAUUAGCAGGCCGGCGGGCACUGGUCACCGGCGCGGGCAAAGGCAUCGGGCGCAGCACCGUCCAGGCGCUGCACGCGGCGGGUGUGCGCGUAGUGGCCGUGAGCCGGACGCGGGCGGACCUGGACAGCCUGGUCCAGGAGUGUCCUGGCGUGGAGACUUUAUGCGUGGACCUGGCCGACUGGGAGGCCACAGAGCGAGCCCUGGGCAGCGUGGGUCCCAUAGACCUACUGGUGAACAAUGCUGCGGUGGCACUAUUGCAGCCUUUCCUGGAGGUCACCAAGGAGGCCUGUGACACGUCCUUCCAUGUGAACCUGCGGGCUGUGAUCCAGGUGUCCCAGAUUGUGGCCAAGGGCAUGAUAGCCCGGGGAGCUCCAGGAGCCAUUGUGAAUGUCUCCAGCCAGGCCUCCCAGCGUGCUCUGAACCACCACGCUGUCUACUGUUCCACUAAGGGUGCCUUGGAUAUGCUGACAAAGACGAUGGCCCUAGAACUUGGGCCCCACAAGAUCCGUGUGAAUGCAGUAAACCCCACAGUAGUGAUGACAGCCAUGGGCAGGGCCAACUGGAGUGACCCCCACAAGGCCAAGGUUAUGUUGGACCGCAUCCCACUUGGCAAGUUUGCUGAGGUGGAGAAUGUCGUGGAUGCCAUCCUCUUCCUGCUGAGUGACCGUAGUGGCAUGACCACGGGCUCCACUAUGCCCGUGGACGGGGGCUUCAUGGCCCACUGAGCCCCCUCUUCCUGACUACCUUUGCUGAGAAUACCAUGCUCUCCGUCCCUCCAAUAAAGCUUACUGUGCCCA